AUGCGUUGCGCGGCGAGGGGGGGCGGGGGCGGGGGCGGGGGCGCCAGGGAAAAGCUCCAUGUGACCCUCUCGGCGGAGCUCGGCAGCUGCUCCGGGAGCCCCAGUCUCUCACCGCCCCAACCGGGCGCCCCGGAGCACCGCGCCGCGCCGCGCCGAGGGGAGAGCCCGCGCCCGGCGCUUGAAAAGGCGGCGCGCACCGCCGGCGCGUCACUCUGCGGGCGGAGAUCACGCCGGCGCGGCGCGGCGCGGCGCGGGCGCUGCCCUGCCCUGCCCUCGCGUCCCGCCGCGCUCCUCUCGCUGUCACUGCGCCGCCCCGGCCAGCGCGGGCGCCUGGCGAGCGCCGCGGCGGCUCCCCGGGGCAGCGCGAUGCAACCCAGCCGCGCUCCGCCGGCGCCCAACGUCACCGCGGAGAGCAGCAUCCCGGCCGGCCUGCGCCUGGGUCCCGUGUCCGGCACCUUCAAACUGGGCAAGUACCUGUCCGAUCGCAGGGAGCCGGGACCCAAGAAAAAGGUGCGGAUGGUGAGAGGGGAACUGGUGGACGAAGCCGGAGGCUCCGCUGUGGAGUGGAUAGGGUUAAUCCGGGCUGCCAGACACUCCCAAGAACAGACCUUGGAAGCUAUUGCAGAUCUGCCGGGCGGACAGAUCUUCUACCGGGCGCUGAGAGAUGUCCAGCCGGGCGAGGAGCUGACCGUGUGGUAUUCCAACUCCUUGGCGCAGUGGUUUGACAUCCCCACCACGGCGACGCCGACGCACGACGAGAAAGGCGAGGAGCGCUACAUCUGCUGGUACUGCUGGCGAACCUUCAAGUACCCCAACAGCCUCAAGGCGCACGUCCACUUCCACUGCGUGCUGAACCACGGCCGGGGCUUCCUGGGGCCGCCCGAGCAUGGCAGGCCGGCGGAACUGUUCAGCCUGGCCCUGAAGCCCGCAGCCACGCCGGCGCCCUUGAGGUCCAGCUGCCCCGGCGGCGCCCGGGAGGGCGUGAAGCGCGAGUCUCUGGGCUCGCCGCCCUUGCCCAAGGCGGGCGCCGGCGGGCGCAAGGCGGCCAGGGAGGAGCAGGAGCGCGCCCUGGACAUGAGCGUCGGCGCGGGGCGCGCCCCGGGACAGUUCCUGGGGCUGCUGGGCAGCGCCUCCGCCGGCAGCAACGGCUUCUCUUUCUACCCCGGGGCGAGGUCGGCCUUCAAGCCCACCGGCUUGGCGAAGGCGAGCCAGGCGGACUGCCCUGCCUUCCGGGAAGAGGGCAAAGGCAGCGGCUUCAGCAAGCUGCUGCUGGGGAGUCUCAAGCCCAGCCGUCCCGGGAGCGAAGGGCCGCUGGGCGCGGCGCCCCCUUCGGCUGCGGCGGCGGCGGCAGCGGCGGCGGCAGCGGCGGGCCUGGCCUACUCCGGGGGCGUCCGCGGCUUCCCGCUGCUUUCGCACUUCGAGGAGACGUCCGCCUUCAAGCACGUGGAGCGGGGCCUCCACGCCAGCCUCUCGCCUCCCGCCGGCCGCUACCCGCCGCUCGCCAGCAGCGGCGCCGCCGCCGGGCUGGAGCGCUUCUCCGCCCUGCCGCCCUUCGAAGGGCUCAAGCCCUACGCCGCCGCCGCCGCCGCCGGGGAAUGUAACCUGCCGCCGUUCAUGCCUUUCACCGUCUACAACGGCGAGCUGCUCUACAGCGCCCCCUACUACCCGCUCAAGCUGCACUUCGGCAACCUCUUCAAGUACCCGGACUCGGUGUCGUACUUCAGCGGGGCGGCCGCGGCAGCUGCGGCGGCGGCGGCGGCGGCGGCUGGGCUCAACCCGGCCGAGCUCGGCUCGCUGGCCAGCAUCGACCGCGAGAUCGCCAUGCACACGCAGCAGCUGUCGGAGAUCGCGGCCGCCGAGAAGAGCCGCAGCCGCCUGGAGAGUCUGCAGCCGGCCCCGGCGGGUGCGGCCGGUGGCAAGCCCAAGACCGGCCACCUGUGCCUGUACUGCGGCAAGCUGUACUCGCGCAAGUACGGCCUGAAGAUCCACAUGCGGACUCACACCGGCUACAAGCCGCUCAAAUGCAAGGUCUGCCUGCGGCCCUUCGGCGACCCCAGCAACCUCAACAAGCACAUCCGCCUGCACGCUGAAGGCAACACUCCCUAUCGGUGCGAGUUCUGCGGCAAAGUGCUGGUCAGGCGCAGGGACCUGGAGAGGCACGUCAAGUCCCGGCACCCGGGCCAGAGCCUGCCCAAAGGCGGCGGCGGCGGCGGCGGCAGCAGCGGGGAGGACCGGGGUGGCGCCCUCGCCGCCGCCGACGCCGCCGGCUACGCGCGCCAGGAGCUCCCGGAGCCAAAGACGGACAACGAGAGUGACGUCGACGUCUGUUUCACGGACGAUCAAAGCGACCAGGACACGGGCAGCAGCGGCGGCUGCAGAGCCGAGGAGCAGCAGUAA